AUGACCACACAAAUUAGACGAUCAGUUUCUAUGAAUAAACUUAAAGCAGGAAGAACCACUGCAGAUGGAAUUCCUAUUAAUUUUGAAGAUGAUAAAUUUAAAAAAUUAUGGGAUUAUUGUUCUAUGUAUUUGUCUAAAGAUGUCGAAACUAUUAAAAGACAAAUUGCAAACCAUUUAGAAUAUACAUUAGCAUGUAAUAGACUUGAUUUUAGACCAUAUGCUAUUUAUCAAGCUGCUGCUUAUUCAUUAAGAGACCGUAUGUUAGAAUUUUGGAAUGAUACUCAAUCAUAUUUUACUGAUGUUCAAACUAAACGAGUUUAUUAUAUGUCCAUUGAAUAUCUUAUUGGACGUUCUUUAAUGAAUUCUAUUUGUAAUUUGGACCUUGAAGCACCAUACACUGAUGCACUUAAAUUCUUUGGAUCUUCUAUUGAAGAAUUAUAUGAAUAUGAAGAAGAUGCUGCUCUUGGAUCUGGAGGACUUGGAAGACUUGCAGCAUGUUUCCUUGAUUCUCUUGCUACAUUAAAUUAUCCAGCAUGGGGAUAUGGUAUUAGAUAUCAAUAUGGUAUGUUUAAACAAGGAAUUGUUGGAGGGUAUCAAGUAGAAAUGCCAGAGUAUUGGCUUGAAGCAGGUAAUCCAUGGGAGAUUGUUAGACAAGAUGUUAAGUAUGAAAUUAAAUUUGGUGGUCAUGUUGUUACUGUUAAAGACGUUAAAGGUAAAUUAAAAUAUAGAUGGGAAAAUAGUUCAUCUGUUAAUGCAGUUGCAUUUGAUAUGCCAAUCCCUGGAUAUAAGACACUCAACACUUUGAAUUUGAGAUUGUGGAGUUCACAACCAGUUAAUGAAUUUGAUUUAGAAGGAUUUAAUGGAGAUGAAAAUAGCCAAAUUUAUUGGAAUGCACUUGACAAUCAACAAAAACAAGAAAAUAUUUGUAAAGUUCUUUAUCCAAAGAAUAACCAUAUUAAAGGUCAAGAACUCCGUUUAAAACAAGAAUACUUCUUCUCUAGUGCUACUAUUCUUGAUGUAGUGAGAAGAUUUAAGAAGAUGAAUAAACCCAUUGAAGAAUUCCCAGACUAUAACUCUAUUCAAUUAAAUGAUACUCAUCCAGUUGUUGGGGCACUUGAAUUAAUGAGAGUAUUAAUUGAUAUUGAAGGAGUUGAUUUUGAAGAAGCAUUUGACAUUACUAACAAAACAUUCUCAUACACCAAUCAUACAGUUUUACCAGAGGCACUUGAAACAUGGCCAGUUGAUUUGUUUGGACAAUUGUUACCAAGACAUCUUCAACUUGCAUACCAAAUUAAUCAACACUUCCUUGAUUCAGUUAAGAAACAAUUCCCACAUGUUUCUGGAGAACAAUUAAGUAAAUUAUCACUUGUUGAAGAAAGUACACCAAAAAGAUUAAGAAUGGCAAAUCUUGCCAUUAUUUGUUCCCAUACCGUCAAUGGAGUUGCUGCUAUUCAUUCACAAAUUCUUAAAGACUCACUCUUUAAUCAUUUCUAUGUUUUAUGGCCUCAUAAAUUUAUUAAUGUCACUAAUGGAGUUACACCAAGAAGAUGGAUUAAACAAUGUAAUCCAGCUUUAAGUCAAGUGAUUACUGAAGCAAUUAAAACUGAUGAAUGGGUAUCUAAUUUAUCACUUGUCAAAGGUCUUGAGAAUGUAUUUAACCAUGAGUUGAUUGAAAAGUUCAUUCAUGUUAAACAACUUAACAAAGACAGAUUAAAGAGACUUGUUUUUAGAUUGACAGAUUCUAAAGUUGUAUUAGACAGAAAUGCAUUGUUUGAUGUUAUGGUCAAGAGAAUUCAUGAAUAUAAGAGACAAUUGUUAAAUCUCUUUGGUACUAUUCAUACAUAUCUUCAAAUCAAAAAGAUGACACCAAUGCAAAGAAUGAAACUUGUCCCAAGAGUAAAAAUCUUUGCAGGAAAAGCUGCCAUUGGAUAUGACAUGGCUAAAGGAAUUAUUAAGUUAAUUAACUCUGUUGCUGAUACUGUAAACAAUGACCCAGAAGUAGGAAAUUUAUUAAAGGUUGUUUUCAUUCCAAAUUACAGUGUUUCAUUGGCAGAAGUUAUUAUUCCAGCAAACGAUAUUAAUGAACAAAUCUCAACUGCUGGAUAUGAGGCAUCUGGAACUUCUUGUAUGAAGUUUGUUAUGAAUGGAGGACUUAUUGUUGGUACAUGGGAUGGUGCUAAUGUUGAAAUUGCAGAAGAAGUUGGAGAAGAAAAUAUGUUUAUGUUUGGAGCUAAGGCAUAUGAAGUAGCAGGAAUUCGUGCUAACCCAAUUCCAAUUAGUAAAGACCUUGCAGAAGUAUUAGCUGCUAUUGACAAUGGAAUGUUUGGUGAUGCCUCAAUUCACAAAUUUGUUAUUGACCAAUUCCGUGGAGGAAGUGAUUAUUAUUUGGUCUGCAGAGACUUUGAUGGAUAUGUCAAAGUCCAAGAACAUAUUGAUUCAGUUUGGAAAAACCCACAAGAAUGGACCACCAAAUGUAUUAGAUGUGUUGCUCGUAUGGGUAAAUUCUCAUCUGAUAGAUCUAUUGAAGAAUAUGCUUCAAAUGUAUGGAAUGUUCAAAAAUGUCCAUUACCAGUAGAUGAACAAAAAUGA